ACGUCUGAAUUCAAGUGAGGCUCCACCAGAGAAGCACUCUAGUUCGCCAUAGUGAGAGGAAAAUGGAGGUGCCGCAGGCAUUGGAGGCACUGAGGGACAGAGCAGCGCUUGUAAGAGAGUCGUUGCAGAAGAGCCAAACCAUAACGGAAAGCAUGGUCUCCAUUCUUGGUUCCUUCGAUCACCGACUCUCCGCUCUGGAGACCGCCAUGCGCCCUACUCAGAUGCGAACGCAUUCGAUCAGGAUAGCGCAUGAGAAUAUUGAUAAGACAUUGAAAGCAGCUGAAACCAUUUUGGCACAAUUUGAUCUGAUGUGCAAGGCGGAAGCAAAGAUUCUGAGAGAGCCACAUGAGGACCUUGAGAGCUAUCUAGAAGCAAUUGAUCAGCUGAGAAGCAAUAUUCAGUUUUUCACCAACCAUAAAAGUUUUAAGAGUAGUGAUGGUAUACUUAACCAUGCCAAUAACUUACUCGCAAAAGCUUUAUCGAAAUUAGAAGAUGAGUUUAGAAAGCUAUUAGCAAAUUACAGCAAGCCGGUGGAACCUGAUCGCCUUUUUGAUGGCUUACCAAACUCCCUACGACCAUCAGCAACUUCACCUGGGAGGCAAGGUGAACUUGGUAGCAAGAAUCAUUCUGAGAACCAAAAGAACUUAGAAAUUGCUGUUUUCACACCUCCAACUCUUAUUCCGCCCAGGGUUCUACCUUUGCUGCAUGAUUUAGCCCAACAAAUGGUUCAAGCUGGCCACCAGCAACAGCUGUUCAGGAUCUACAGGGAUACUCGUGCUUCGGUCUUGGAACAGAGCCUCUGGAAAUUGGGGGUAGAGAGACUUAGUAAAGAUGAUGUCCAAAAGAUGCAGUGGGAGGUUUUGGAGGCUAAGAUUGCGAAUUGGAUACAUUACAUGCGUAUUGCUGUCAAGUUGCUCUUCGCUGGGGAAAAGAAAAUCUGUGAUCAAAUACUUGACGGUAUUGAUUCUCUUAGGGAUCAAUGUUUUGCUGAAGUCACUGCAAACAGUGUAGCCGUACUCCUUAGUUUUGGAGAGGCUAUUGCCAAAAGCAAGAGAUCACCUGAAAAAUUAUUUGUUCUGUUGGAUAUGUAUGAUAUAAUGAGAGAACUACAGUCAGAGAUUGAAUUUCUGUUUGGAAGUAAAUCUUGCAUUGAAAUGCGGGAAUCUGCUCAGAGCUUGACAAAGCGGCUAGCCCAGACAGCACAAGAGACCUUUGUCGAUUUUGAGGAAGCAGUUGAGAAAGAUGCCACAAAAACCGCUGUUCUAGAUGGAACCGUCCAUCCUUUGACUAGCUAUGUGAUAAAUUAUGUGAAGUUUCUAUUUGACUACCAAUCAACACUGAAGCAACUUUUUCAAGAGUUUGAUGAUGGUGCGGUCGAUGCUGAUGUUCAGUUGACUACUGUAACUACAAGGAUCAUGCAAGCUUUACAGACUAACCUUGAUGGGAAAUCCAAGCAAUAUAAGGACCCUGCAUUGACACAACUAUUUCUGAUGAACAACAUUCACUACAUAGUGAGAUCCGUGCGAAGGUCAGAAGCCACAGAUUUGUUGGGAGAUGAUUGGGUUCAAAUUCACCGACGGAUUGUUCAGCAGCAUGCAAAUCAGUAUAAGAGGAUUUCUUGGGCAAAGAUCCUUCAGUGUCUCACCAUUCAGGGUGCUUCUCCAUCAGGUGGUGGAGGUGGUCUACUGGGAGGUGACACAGGCAGUGGAGUUUCAAGAGCAAUGGUGAAAGACAGGUACAAGACUUUCAAUGUCCAGUUUGAGGAUCUUCAUAUGAGGCAAUCUCAAUGGAACGUUCCAGACAGUGAAUUACGCGAGUCCUUGCGGCUAGCUGUUGCUGAAGUUCUCUUGCCCGCCUAUAGAUCUUUCAUUAAACGUUUUGGGCAUGUUCUCUUAUGCUUUUGGCCUUCUCUUCUUCUCUUUGUCCUCAUUCAUGUCCUCCAUCUCAUCUAACAUAAUUCUGUUUUUUUUUUGGGUUUCUUUUGCUUUCCCCAAUGAACAGGCCGAUGAUCGACAAUGGGAAAAACCCUGGGAAGUACAUUAGAUACAAGCCAGAGGACCUUGAGCGAAUGCUAAGUGAAUUCUUUGAGGGUAAGACAUGGAACGAACAAAAGUUGUAGAUGUUUGUGAGGAACUGUAAUUAUUUGUGGCUCAAAAAUUUAGAUACGGAGUUUUCAACUAUUCACUGUACGAUGAUGAGGUAAAAUAAUAGGCCAGGUUAUGCAUUUUUAUCAGCAUAUGGCUUGCUUUAUUCUCAAUGUCAUCAGUUGUGGCUUUCCUCCCGAGUGAAACAUGAUACUUUUUCUAACUCUUUUCCAAU